CCUAGGGUAUUCCCCAACUAUUAGUUGAUUUUCAAGAUACGGUAAUGUCGAACUGUAGAUUCCCUUAAGUUGAUUCGACCUAGGUGAUAUAAUAUUAAUUUUGCUAUUUUUCGGCUGGUAACGGGUAUUUUUGAUGGCUUUCUAUCUCCCCUUGACUCUCACCUACUCCUCCUUCUUUUCAAUUACACCCUCAUUGGUUUUAUUUCCCUUUUUCGUUUUCUAGAGAUUCUGGUGGUUCCCACUCAUGCACUUGAUCAACCAUGGAUCAAUGGGUUCUCAGCUCCAACUUUAUAGAGCCACAGUGCUUCAUCGGGCCCUGCUGCCUAUCAUUGGUGGCUUUGCUCGGUGAGAAGGUUGUAUUUCCAGGAAACCAAAGAUAUAGCUCUUCCAUUUCUUCGUAUCAUAGCCAACAACAAUCUCGUCUCGAGCCUUUAUGUGUUGUUAUACCAUCCACAAGCGAAGAUGUCUCUACCGCAGUUCACUCACUAUCCUCUAUUGCAGAGUCACUUGGAGAUUAUGAACAUAGUAGUUGUCAAUUUGCUAUCCGAUCUGGUGGGCAAGCAAGCAUUCCUGGAGCAGCAAGUAUUGCUGGCGGGGUGACCAUAGACCUGCGUUCUCUCAACACUAUCGAGGUGAGCAAGGACAAGUCUAUAGUCUCUGUAGGAGCGGGCGCUCUUUGGGGUGACGUAUAUUCAGCACUAGAUCCUCUUGGUAUAUCGGUAGCUGGCAGUCGUGCGGCACAAGUCGGCGUGGGUGGGUCAACUUUAGGUGGUGGAAUCUCAUACUUUUCGCCGCGGUACGGUUGGACAUGCGAUACGGUAUCGAAUUUUGAAGUUGUGCUGGCCAACGGAUCUAUCGUAAACGCCAAUGUCGAUGAGAACCCCGACCUUCUGUUUGCUCUCAGGGGUGGUUCAAACAACUUUGGCGUUAUCACCCGGAUCGACUUUCAAACCUUCGAACAGGGCUCUAUAUGGGCAGGAGGGAUUCUUUCUUCCAGUGAUACCAUAGAUGAACAUCUGAAAGCGUUCGUUGAUUUAAAUUCGGCGGAAUCAUAUGAUGAAUAUGCGUCAUUAAUCACGAAUCUUGGCCAUGCUGGCGGUCGCAAAACUUUCAUCUUGAGCAACAUCAUAUAUACGAAAGCCGAAGAGAACCCAUCUGUUUUCGAACCAUUCAUGAAAAUAUCUGCGAUGGAUGAGAAAGUACGCAUUACUAGCAUAGCAGAAAUGGCGGUAGAACAGGGCUCGUACUCAAAAAAUGGACGGCGCCAAUUGUUCGUCACGAUUACCCACAAGUCUACAGUCCCAAUGCUCAACGCAGUUUACUUAAAUUGGAACAAAAGUAUAGAGACUAUCAAAGGCGUUCGUGGCAUUGUCUGGGCCAUCUCGCUAGAACCGUUACCACCCGCCAUUUACGCGCGAUCCGCAACGUCCCAUGCUUUCGGACUUUCAGACAGGUCAGAUGCACUAGUCAUAGCCAUUUUAACUGUAUUUUGGAGGAAUGAGGAGGACGAUUUGAAGGUUGAGAUGGCAGCGCGCGAGUUAUUCCAAGCGAUUGAAGACGACGCAAAAAGGUUAGGCGCAUAUGAUCCCUUCAUCUACCCGAACUAUGCAGCGUCGUGGCAGGAUCCUAUUGCUAGUUACGGGGAUGAAAGGUUGCGGAAACUACAAAGAGUGAGGAUGGAUGUAGAUCCGAAAGGGGUUUUCUCACGUCAAGUUCCUGGUGGUUUCAAGAUUCCGUUCUAGUCAAGGUAUAGCAGCGACGUGUCAAUAUCAUAUGUAUGAUACUACAUAUAAGAACUACUGACUAGACAAAGAAUUAACUAAUUAC